ACUCUUUUCCAAAGCAAGGAUGACUUUAGUAAGGAUCCGGAGGAGUUUCCGGCAGGUAUCUCCUCAAGUGGUGCUCUUCUUGCUGUUUGCCUUCUGCCUGCUCAGUGUUUUUGUCUCAGCAUAUUAUUUAUAUGGGUGGAAGAAGGGACUGGAACCCUCUGGGGAUAUCCCUAGCCCAGACUGUGAUGAACUGAAGAUUGUUCCCUCACGCCUGCUACCAUUAAAACCCAUCAAAGUGGUGGACUCUUCUCGCACUGAUCCCUUGGUUCUUGUGUUUGUGGAAAGCCUUUACUCCCAACUGGGACAAGAGAUUGUGGCCAUCUUGGAAUCCAGUCAUUUCAAAUAUCUGACAGAGAUUGCUCCGGGGAAGGGAGACAUGCCUACAUUGACCGACAAGGACCGAGGGCGCUUUGCACUUAUCAUCUAUGAGAACAUCCUGAAGUAUGUGAACCUGGAUGCCUGGAAUCGUGAGCUCUUGGACAAGUACUGCGUAGAGUACGGUGUAGGAAUCAUUGGCUUUUUCAAGGCCAAUGAGAACAGCUUACUGAGUGCUCAGCUGAAAGGCUUUCCCCUUUUUCUCCACUCCAACCUUGCACUGAAGGACUGCAGCAUCAAUCCCAAAUCACCGCUGCUGUACAUCACUCGGCCUAGCGAGGUAGAGAAGGGGCUUCUUCCAGGGGAGGACUGGACAGUCUUCCAAUCAAACCAUUCCACAUAUGAACCAGUCCUCCUUGCUAAAACCAAGUCUGCAGAAUCCAUCCCACACAUGAGCAUUGAUGCUGCACUCCAUACCACUGUCGUACAGGACUUGGGUCUCCAUGAUGGUAUCCAGAGAGUCCUUUUUGGCAACAACCUCAAUUUUUGGCUGCACAAACUGGUCUUUGUGGACGCUGUUUCAUUCCUGACUGGCAAGAGGCUUUCACUUCCCCUUGACCGGUACAUCUUGGUAGACAUUGACGAUAUCUUUGUUGGCAAGGAAGGCACACGAAUGAAGGUGGAUGAUGUCAAGGCUUUGUUUGAUACUCAGAAUGAACUACGUACCCACAUCCCAAAUUUCACCUUCAAUCUGGGCUACUCAGGGAAAUUUUUCCACACAGGUACAGAUGCGGAGGAUGAGGGAGAUGACCUUCUGCUCUCGUAUGUGAAGGAGUUUUGGUGGUUCCCCCACAUGUGGAGUCACAUGCAGCCUCACCUCUUUCAUAAUCAAUCUGUGCUGGCAGACCAAAUGGCCAUGAACAAGAAAUUUGCUGUUGAACACGGCAUCCCCACAGAUAUGGGAUAUGCAGUGGCACCCCAUCAUUCAGGGGUGUACCCAGUCCACGUGCAGCUCUAUGAGGCAUGGAAGCAGGUGUGGGGGAUCAAAGUAACAAGCACCGAAGAAUAUCCUCAUCUCAAACCAGCCCGCUACCGACGAGGGUUUAUUCACAGUGGAAUCAUGGUUCUUCCACGGCAAACUUGUGGGUUAUUCACACAUACUAUAUUCUAUAAUGAAUACCCAGGUGGCUCUGGUGAAUUGGAUAAAAUCAUCAAUGGAGGCGAGCUUUUUCUGACUGUUCUCCUUAAUCCUAUCAGUAUCUUUAUGACUCACCUCUCCAAUUAUGGAAAUGACCGUCUGGGUUUGUACACCUUUAGACAUUUAGUCCGUUUUCUGAACUCCUGGACUAACUUGAAGUUACAGACAUUGCCACCUGUGCAGCUGGCGCAGAAGUAUUUCCAGAUAUUCUCCGAAGAAAAAGAUCCCCUUUGGCAGGAUCCUUGUGAGGACAAACGCCACAAGGAUAUUUGGUCCAAAGAGAAGACUUGUGAUCGAUUCCCCAAGCUGCUAAUUAUUGGUCCUCAGAAGACAGGUACCACUGCCCUCUAUCUCUUCCUGGGGAUGCACCCUGACCUGAGCAGUAACUAUCCCAGCUCAGAGACCUUUGAAGAGAUCCAGUUCUUCAACGGACAUAACUACCACAAGGGCAUUGACUGGUAUAUGGAAUUUUUCCCCAUUCCUUCCAACACUACUUCUGAUUUCUAUUUUGAGAAGAGUGCCAAUUACUUUGAUUCAGAAGUAACACCAAGGCGGGCUGCCGCAUUGCUUUCCAAGGCCAAAAUAAUCACCAUCCUCAUCAAUCCUGCAGAUCGGGCCUACUCUUGGUAUCAGCAUCAGCGGGCACAUGAUGAUCCAGUUGCCCUGAAGUACACCUUUCAUGAGGUGAUCACAGCUGGACCUGAGACCUCUCAGAAGCUUCGGACCUUACAGAACCGUUGCCUAGUACCAGGCUGGUAUGCUACCCAUAUUGAACGCUGGUUGAAUAAUUUCCAUGCCAGUCAGAUUCUUGUUCUGGAUGGCAAGCGGCUACGCACAGAACCAGCCAAAGUAAUGGAAACAGUCCAGAAAUUUCUUGGAGUGACCAACAUCAUAGAUUAUCAUAAAACUCUAGCGUUUGAUCUCAAAAAAGGAUUCUGGUGCCAACUAUUAGAUGGCGGGAAGACCAAGUGCUUGGGGAAAAGCAAAGGAAGAAAAUACCCAGAGAUGGAUUUGGAUUCAAGAGCAUUCUUGAGGGAUUAUUACAGGGACCACAACAUAGAGCUAUCCAAGCUACUGUAUAAAAUUGGCCAGACACUUCCAACUUGGCUGCGGGAAGAACUCCAGAACACUAGAUAGCCGCUUCUUAUCUCUUGUAUUAAGCAAUAGUAGAUUGGAUCCAUGGGGAGGAUCUCAAACCUCUACGCCAAGCCAACGGAAUGUCAUAAGAUGUGAGAUGUUCAACAGGGAAGAAGCAUUUUGAGCAAUAUCCAUUCAAGAUGUUUGAGGGACAGUGAGAAAGCACCAACAUGGUUAGCAUUGCAGUUUGGAAGAAAGCAACCAUCUGGGACCUACUGGAGUUGAUAUACAAGCAGUGCCCCAGGGCCAAGCCAGGACUAUUACAUCUAUUUCUGCCAGAUUGCCCAGGAGCUCAGCUUUACUGAUAGUAUUGAGGUGUGCCUCCUAGGCUGUAAUGCCACUGUUUGAUGAAGAAGAGUCAUAAAGAUCUGGGUUUUCUUCACACUUUAGUUCCAAUAUCUGGAAUAGUAUUACAGCAGACUGACUCCUUCUCUUCAGAUAGAAGACACAAGAGAACCAAGGACUCACCAGGGAUCAAGAAUAAUAGUCCUGCACAUGUGUGAGUUUGGAAAAGAACAACAUGGGUAGUGUGAACAUGGAGCCAGAGGGAGGCCAUGCUCCAAGCAUGGACCUAAUUAUGCAAUUUGGGCUCAGACCCACAUAGGUCUGAGAUAGUGUUCUGGAGCAAGUUCUUAGUUGAAACAGAUGCUUUGUUUUUAUAUGGAAGACUUUGGUAUUGGCAAUAUUUAGAUUAUCCCAGUUGGAUAUUUUUUUUCUGUCUUCUUAUUUAGGAGUAUAUUGGGAAAGGGGUGGAAUGAAUAAUGUGAGCAGCAUAUUCACCUGACAAUGUUGGCAAGAAGUUUGCUCCAAAGAGAUACUUUGAUUUGUGUCCUUCUUAUAGACCUGUCUCUGGUUUCAACGUACAAUUAUGUGAGAUGUGGUUUAAGACCAUUCAGUAUCUUUACUUCCGGUACACACAUCCUGCCUGUUCAAACGAGGAUGACAUUCUAGCAUCAUGUGUAGGUUUUGGUCUAAUGGUCACCCCAAAUACAACUUAAGAGUAUUGAAUCUCUUGAGUACUGAACAAACAGUAUUUUAGUAUCUUUCUUUCUGAGCAUUUUGGAGUGGGGGUAGGGAUACAUAUUAGAGUUGGUAUUCCCAAGUAUUAGGUUCUUAUUUUCCCACCCUUUUGCUAUUAUAGAGAAUAGAGAAAAAUGGCCCAUGGAUUUGGUUGUUUUGUCACCAUAAUGUGUCUCUCUAUUAGAAUCAUUUUAGGAUAAGCCUGUGGCUGCCCAUUUUCAAUUAUUUCCUCCUGUCCAAUGUGUCCAAUUGAACUGUGACUGAGAAUUUCUGAUAACUCACCCAUUGUAGUUUACUAAGUUAAUUUGUGUGUGUAUGUGUAUGUAUGGAAUUUAUAAAUAUGCUGCUAAUGGUACUGUGUAUACACGCAUGCACACACACAUACACACACUUGCCCAUUGCUGUUUGUUUGGAGCCAUGUUAACAAGGUAAAUAGAACCACAUUUUUUCCCCCAUUUGGCUUAUUCAGUCCUGUACUGCUAUGUGUUGGAUGUGUCAUAGGAAAGGCAUGUAAAACUUGCAGUCCAGAUGGGGCUGGGAAGACAGAGGUCACAUCAAGAGUCAGAAGCUUUUGAAAAACAUCUCAGUGGAGGAAUUAAAGGCACUGGAAUAUGGACUGGUCUGAUUAGUGUUUGAUCCAAAGUUGGAUACUUUUUAUAAUUAAAAAAAAACCUUGUUAGUAAUGCUAAUGGAAAGAAAACGUUUAUUAUAAAUUAGAAUGUCAGGAAUCAAAAAGCUUUCAGAGCUUUUUCAAAUUGGGGGUAGGAAUAACUGGUGUUUUUUUCACCAGAAUAUCUUCCUGUUUUGCUUAAGGAUUUCUGGAAAGAAUCUAAUUGCUGAAAGCAACAUGCUAGACCAGUUACCUUGUUCUGGUUUUCAUCGAAGCUAUCUUCAUACUAGGACCAGUUCCAUGGAUGAAUAUAAGGAGAAAAGGCAGAAGCAAGAAAGGUUUCUUCUUAACUUAGAUCUUGUCUCCCCAUAAUUGUUGCCAAAGGACAAAGGGAUAUCCUGGGUCAGAGUCACCCUGUUGAGGACAAAAGUCACUCUCACACCAGUAUUAGCAAUUCUUCAGUUACUGUCUGAAUUCAAUUCCAGUUCUUCUAAAGUCCAUCACCGUCUAGCUAUAGCUUCAGUACAUAGUUUCCACUGACCCUGUGUGUGAGCACCAUCUACUGGAUCAUGAAAUUCCAUAGAAUCAUAGAGUUAAAUAAGGAAGUUGGAGAGAACUAGACUGUAUAGGCCAUUGAGUGUAACCAUUUAGUGCAGCUAUCUAAACUGAAGAGUCCCCAGUAGCUGACCGCCUCACCUCCACUUGAAGAUAACCAUUAAAGGGAAGCCUAUCAGUUCUCUGGGUAAUUGGUUGUACGGAAAUUCAAAUUUCUCUCAAUGUUUAGGAGGUUUUUUCCUAAUAGUCAGAAUCUGCCUUUCUGUAUCUUAAUCCAUUCUCUGGCAUCCUGCACUCUGUCAUUGUAGAGAAUAUGUCUCUGUGUGACUGAUAGUGAUAGUGGCUUUCAGGUACAGGAAGACCACUAUCAAAUCCCCUUAAGACUUCUCUGAAGACUUAAUAUUCUGAAUUCUAUCAAUCCCUCUUUAUAGGACCUACCAUUGCUCUUCUCUGACUUGAUUACAGGGGACUUUUCACCUUCAUUAUAUUUAUUCUCCCUGUUUGUUUAGACAGCUAUACCAGUAAUUAAUGUGCAUUUGAGACAGAGACAUGUGUAAGAUCAAACCUGGGGAGAUGACAUUGUCUCGACUUCUCUCUUUUUAAAAUUAAUACAAUAUUUUACCUGCAGCCUUCUAUAUGAAAAGGUUUGCUGCAUUUGAAAGCAAAGUGUGCUGUCAUUGAAGAGUUCCUUUCUUCCCAGUGCCCUUAACUAGACGGACAUUUUCCUUUUCAGAUAGAAUGAACGUGGGUGGGGGUGGGCAGGAAGCAGAGUUGCAUCUAUUGGCAAACCUAGCUUGCAAUGGAACAGCUCCUUCUGCUGCAAAUCAUCCAGAGUUCUUCUGCAUGUGGACUUCUACUGUUGAUGUAGAACUGUGUCUUUCAAAUGUGGCAACUUUAAGAUGUGUGGACUUCAACUCCCAGAAUUCCCCAGCUAGCAUGCUGGCUGGAGAAUUCUGGGAGUUGAAGUCCACAUGUUUUAAAGUUGCCACAUUUGAAAGACACUGAUGUAGAAGAAGGCUAGUGGCAGACGCAGUGACAGAUCAUUUUACAUCUGCAGCCUUAUUAGAUAAGACACAAGGUCAGACAGGCUGUCAAUUCCAAACCAUUGUUAAACAGGAGCAGCAUCAAGGAAAAGGGGACUGCUGAAGCAUGGUAAUGAAAAGACCGUGUUGGUCCAUUUGGGCUGUGGGUCAUUCAUCAGAAAUGGUAAGCUUGCUUUGAGAAAUUUUGGCUUGGAAGGCACAAAAGGCCCUCUGUGUAACUGCCUCCCAGGCAUAGUACUGAGUGAUUUUGCUACAGCUUCAAAGUUCUGCAACAGAGUUUAAAUCCUGUUUAAUACAUUCUGAGUGGAGUGCAAUGCAAAAAACAAAACAAAACUCUGAAAUUGUAAUGUUGCAUCUUCUGCAAAACGAUGUAUUUUUCUUUGUCCUUUGUGUGUGGAAUUUUCUUCACAGUUUUAAGAACAGGGGACUCCUACAUUCCCAUUGUUGAGCACACUUUCUGUGUACAUCCUUUGUGCACCAGGACAUCCCAAUCAAACUACCAAGUCUUGCUUAUCUGUAGGAUGGCCCUCAGGAAGUUAUUUUAAAAGACAGUCUACAGAGGCAACAGUAGCUGCUACCUAAAAGUUUGUUCUCAUUAUGAAUAUUACUAUUGUCCCUGUGCACCACUAUCUUAAAUAACAAAAUGAUGUAGAACGUUUAAAGUAAGCGUGAGUUUGGCGUCUCAAGGUAGCAGUCUACAUUGUAGAGAAUACUGCCAAAGUGAGACAUGCAAAAAAGAAUUAAACUUAGGACAUGUGUAAUGAAAGUAUUAAUUUGUAUUGCUCCCAAAUGCUGGUGUGAUUUAAUGUGCAGUAGAGAUAGGAGGAGACAUUUGCCUUUUCACUUAGUAAGUUGAUCAGCAAUAGUCAGAAAACACCACUCACUCUGAGUAACAGAGAACUUGUUAAAAUCUGAGUUUAAAGAAGGACACUUUUUUUGUUUUGUUGAAAGGAAGAACUCUGGGAAUUCCUAUUGUCAUGUUUGCAUGAGAUUCUGUAUGUUUUCCCAUUGGGAAGGGUGGGUUUUCUUUUUUUUUCUCAUGGUGGGAGGGAGGAAAGGGGAGGGAAUAUUUUUAAAAGUCUUUCUCCCAUAUUUUUAAUCUGUACUUGAACUCAUUUUGGGUUCAGAAAACUGUCACUAAUGUAACGUCCUGGUGAACUAACUGCUAAUAAAAUGGGGUUGUCUGUUUUUAGU